AUGGAUCCUAUCGACAUCGACCUUUCCGCGCCCAUCUAUCCAAGCGAUGGCACCGGUGUUGUGCCCACCGAGGCCAACGAGAGGAUCGAGGCUGCCGGUGGGUUCCUCCCUGCCCUCACCUCUGCUCUGGAGCGAAAGCUUCGUAAGCCCGGUGCCCAUGGCGACGCCAUGAGAGCAAUGUUCGGCAACGACCAGUACAAGUUUACCGGUCAGAUGCCUGUGGGUUACGCCCACGUUAGAAGGGAUCCGAUGGGCCGCCGCGACAUUCGCAUCUACGGCCACCCUUCCGGCCGCUACUACAACUCUGCAGAAAAGUUCUUGCCGCACGUCGUUGCCAUGCUGGUCUUUAGUGACCACUGCUGGUGCGAGCUCUGCUAG